UUUUUCCUGUUUUUCCUUAAUACAAAUAAUUUGAAACUGUUUACUGUUGCAACCCCCCCCUCCACACACACACACUCACACACACACACACACAUCUACACUACCAUGCGACCAUGUUGUUUCCCAACUUUUAUUGAGCUAUGCCACACAUUUUAUAUUCUCACGAGUAUGCCACCAAACAAAAAUAUUACAAAAAGGCAUGUACAGUACACUGAAAUGAUGAAAUAAUGACUUCGUCUCAAUUCAUUCACAAAUGUAUGUAAAAUCUGGGCCUGUUUCGAACACAAAGCUAUUAUUCUGUUUGUACGAAUGGCAACAAGCGGAAACACAGGUUAAUUGUCCCUUCCGCCAUCUAGUGGAAGACUAUUUAAUUGUUCCGCCUGUCACUACGUUUCACUGCCAUAGAUGUACACGUAUUUCAUGUGUCUUAAUAACUUGUCUAUAGGAUGCCUUCGUCAAAAAUACCCCAAGGGUCAAGAAUUAUAGACAUAAUUUUAAAUCCAUAGUUCAUGCUAUGGUGGAAUUGGCUAGUUUUAGGGGCUGGCCGUCUCGUGCAAGUGAGCCAGGCCUCAACAGCAUCCUGCUGGGCCAGUGGCGAGCAUGGCUUUCAUUAGAUUGAUUUGGAUCUCUUCCUCCUCGUAAUCCUGCAAAUUUUCGAGUCGAGUUUUGCCAUCUCGAUCGAGUUUUUCCAUGUAUGGACUUUUCGAGAAUCACUUAAAAAGAAAUAUACGGUCAGGAGGGGAUUUCAAUAUUAAGAGUUACAAAAUUAGUCAUCUCAUCCAAGGGAGAGAAAAAGAGGGGGCACCCGGAUUUGAACCGGGGACCUCUUGAUCUGCAGUCAAAUGCUCUACCACUGAGCUAUACCCCCUUCUGAUAGAAGCUAACGACAUAUUAUAAUUUUAUUGUUUGACAAACGUUCGGGCAAGAAAAAUAAAGGUCGGGGGGAGCAGCAUAUCUUUCAAAGCUACCUUCUACCGUACGUUUUGAAACUCCAAGCGCACAAGAUGGCGGAUAUGCAGUUCGACCAGCGUCCAGCUAAUGGCGCCACGACACGGCCAUACGACAACAGACGGACGGUACUGGCACAAAGGCUGUUUCAGCUGUGAUGUGUGCAAGAUGGCGCUGAGCAUGAACAACUACAAAGGCUUUGAAAAGCGGCCUUACUGCAGCAUGCACUAUCCCAAAACCUCCUUCACCAUCGUGGCCGACACCCCUGAGAACCUGCGCCUCAAGCAGCAGAGCAUGCUCAACAGCCAGGCCCUCUACAAGGAGGAAUUUGAGAAGAACAAGGGCAAAGGUUUCAGCGUGGUGGUGGACACUCCGGAGAUGCAGAGGCUGAAGAAGACACAAGAGCAGAUCAGUGACAUCAAGUAUCACGAGGACUUCGAGCGGAGCAAAGUACGAAGUGACGCGCCGCUCCCGGAAAAUAGAACCGUCGAGCCAAGCAGAUGCACAGAUGCGCCCUCCUGUUACUGUGGCGCCAUCUGGUGGAGAGAAGCGCUACCAGGCCAUGUACAGCUACACGGCGGCAGAAGCAGACGAGGUUUCCCUGCAGGAGGGCGACCUCAUCGGGGACGUGGAGCUCAUCGACGAGGGCUGGCUGUUUGGCAGCAACCAGCGCACGGGCCAGCGGGGCAUGCUGCCCGCAAAUUACGUGCGGCCUGUGUAAUGGCACAAAGAUGUCACUCACCUGUUAUCGCUACCUGGAAUCAGAAGUUUUCAAUCUUCACUUUCAGGAUCAGCGGUAAACCAUGUAUUCCACAGGGUGUCCUCCAGAUUAAUGUAGGCUACAUUGGAUCGAUAAAAAAAAAAAAAAAAAAAAAAAAAAAAAAAAAAAAUGCUGUUAUCAAAAUUGGUCUGUUUUGACAACAUUAAAAAGUGAUUUUAAAAAAAUAAAAAGCUCACCCCCCAAAAAAAAAAACAAUGGACUAAUGUA